UUUAUACAUCACAUUUGAAGAGCUCUAGCUCCUAACGUGACCUGUUAGUACCUAAUUCUAGGUUAACAGUUUUUGACAUUAGGGUUUUUAUUUUAACUUUUUUAAUCACGAAUAAUUUUUUUCUAACUUUAGCGUAAAAACCCUAUAUAAAUGUCGGAGUUGUUAUUAUGCUACAAUAGCGGUUGUGGUCAAAAAUUUGAUCCAUCGAAAAAUACUGCGGAAUCUUGUCGACAUCAUAGUGGCCAUCCUGUUUUUCACGAUGCCUACAAAGGUUGGUCUUGCUGUAAAAAGAAAUGUACUGACUUCACCGAAUUUCUCAACAUAAAGGGUUGUACACUUUCGUUUCACAAUAAUGUUAAACCACCCGAGCCUGAAAAACCUGUUGUGGAUAAGUCUUUAGCUGAUGAAGUGAUUGAAGUGAAGGCUCCUGUACCAAUAGUCAAUCGAAUUAAAAGACCUCCUUUUGAAACUCCUUUGGUAGUUUUGAAACCUGUUAUAUCCCCAGCUCUCAGAGAUGCAAUUUCGAAUUUAAGUGGGUGCACAAAAGAUAGUGAAACGAACGAUGAAGAUAAGGAAAAUAGCAAAAAUAUUCCGAUAGGAACUACGUGUAAAAACAAUUCUUGCAAAGCAGUAUAUGAAGGUAUCCAGUCAGUCAAUGAAACUUGUACGCAUCAUCCUGGGUAUCCUGUAUUCCACGAAGGUCUUAAGUUUUGGACGUGUUGCACUAAGAGAACCACUGAUUUCGAAACCUUCCUUGCGCAAGUUGGCUGCACCAGUGGAACCCACACAUGGUUUAAAAAGAAGGUUGUGGAUGUAGGAAACAGUUCUGUCUCUAUGACUCCAUCAAAAAUUGAAAUAAAGUUGCGUAAGCAAGGCCCUGGUACUUGGACUAAAUUAGACAUUCCUAGAUCGGAACUCAUCGAUUCAAAACCAAACCCAUUGCCAGAAGACGAAGAAGAGGAUUUGGAAAGCAGAGUGGAAUCCGUCGAUCUAAAUUUUAUUUGAAUCAUUAUAUAUUUUAAAAAGGAUUUCUCUCUAUUAAAAAGAAGAAAAAAAAACAGUGAUGAACCAAAAACCAAUUUAUUUGUAUAUCAGAACAACAAUGAAUGUUGAAGAUUUGUCAUUUGAUGACAUUAAAUUAAUCUGUCUGUCAUUCUAACUCGGAAAGGCUAGAAUUAUACCUUAAUUUAAUUUAUUAGUAGGAUUAAUUUAUAUGUUUUUAAAGUUUGAUUUGUCCAAAAUAAAUUUUUAACGAUAAAAUUUCAAGUGGUUUUAAUAUUAUGUAAAAUUCAGUUUUUGUUCCAUUCAUGUAAUUUACGUCUUCUAUCAUAAAUGAUUAAAAAUAUUCGUUUUAGGCCUGCUUUUGUGUCCAGGGUUGUUCCUAUUUUUAGACUAAGCCUGUCAGUGUUGGACUAAACUAAUUUUGGGAUAGGGUUAGUUUUUUUAAUAAAGUGAUCUAGUUUAAUCAGAUGCCUUAAUGGAUACCAUAUGCUCUUCUUAAGCCUCGAUUCCACGGUGACAGUUCUAGUUACUUCUGUCAUAAACUGUAUGACAAUAUGAAAUUGACUGACUUGGAAGUACUGUUGUACUAUCAGCUUUUUCUUGAUAGUUGAUACUGUAGUAACUACAGUUACCAUCUCGUUAACUAUCACGUGUAGACUGUCGCUCUUUAUCUUACCUAAUUAAAUGUAAGGUAAUUGUAUUGUAAAUACUGCUCCUAUAUCUAGUGUGUUACACACUAUAUAUAU